GAGAGAGAGAGAGAGGACACAUGACCUAAAGACCAGUACAGAUGGGUGCAAGAGGGGAGGAGGAGAUGGAGGAAGAGAUUAAGAAGCACUUCAUCCUUGUUCAUGGGAUCGGGCAUGGGGCAUGGUGCUGGUACAAGCUUGCCACUUUGCUGACUUCGGCUGGCCACAGAGUAACCGCGCUCGAUCUUGGUGCCAGCGGGGUGCACCCCAAGCAACUUGACGAGCUCCGGUCGUUUACCGACUACUGCGAGCCAUUGAUGGAGACAAUGGCCUCGAUCCCACCGGAUGAUAGGGUGAUCCUCGUCAGCCAUAGCUUCGGUGGACUAAGCAUUGCUCUUGCCAUGGAAAAAUUCCCGGAGAAGAUCUCCGUCGCCGUCUUCGCCACCGGAGUGAUGCCAAGCACCACCACUCCUGUGUCCGACAUUGUAAAAGAGUUCUACAGGACGCAUCCACUUGAGGCGUACAUGGAUUCCAAAGUUAUGAUCAGCACAGACCCCAAGAAUAGUUCAAGUCUUCUUCAUUUUGGUCCCAAAUAUAUGCAGUCCAGGAUGUAUCAGCUCACUGCACCAGAGGAUUUCAUGCUAGCAACUAUGUUAGUAAGACCAGGUAGUCUGUUCCUCGAUGAUCUAACAACAGAAGUCAAGAUCACAGAAGAAAAUUUUGGGUCUUUGAGUCGAGUGUACAUCGUCUGCAAGGAUGAUAAGUCCAUGACACAGGAUUUCCAACGUUGGAUGAUCAAACGAAGCCCAGGGACGGAGGUGAAGGAGAUCGGAGGUGCCGAUCAUAUGGUCAUGCUUUCAAAGACCAAAGAGCUGUACAGUGUCCUCCUAGACAUUGCUGAGGAGCGCCACUGAGACACUCUCCUGUGGUUAGGAGUAAAGUGUGGUUCCAUGUUGAGCUACUUGCAAUAAAGGAGAGCGACAUCCACAAAAAAAAACAAAGGUGAACAGCAGAUCCAAGAUGGCGGCGCACAGAAAGUCAAAAGAUGACCAAACUGACGGCAGACUAAUCUUGUGUCAUCUUGCAAUUAUCUGAACUUUAUGUACUAUUAGUAUUCAUAUGGUGUAAUUAUCUGCCCCAGAACUUUGUGGAAACAAAAAGCUUUAGUCUC